AAAAAACUGGAUGAGCUUGUUUACCUUCUUAAGGACAGGACCAGGCUCAUCAAGUUCCUGUUUUGUCUCACUCGUGCUGGUGAAUGGUCUCGAUUGAGCAAAAAUGCAGAUUUUUGUGAAAACGCUGACGGGUAAAACCAUUACCCUGGAGGUGGAGCCCAGUGACACCAUUGACAAUGUCAAGGCCAAAAUCCAAGACAAGGAAGGAAUCCCCCCUGAUCAGCAGCGUCUCAUUUUUGCUGGAAAACAGCUGGAGGAUGGACGCACCUUGUCAGACUACAACAUCCAGAAGGAGUCGACCCUCCACCUCGUCCUGCGUCUGAGAGGAGGCAUCAUGGAGCCCUCUAUGAAAUUGCUGGCUCAAAAGUACAACUGCGACAAGAUGGUGUGCCGCAAGUGCUAUGCUCGUUUACAUGUACGAGCUACAAACUGCCGCAAGAAGAAGUGCGGACACACCGAUCACCUCCGACCCAAGAAGAAGCUUAAGUAGACAGCUGCAAUCAGCGAUCAAUGUUGUCAAUAAAACAUUUUGACAAGAAA